ACGCUGUUGUUUUGCAAAAUUCCACCGGUGGUUUCACACCGUUUAAAAAUUAUUAUUGUUUAUAACACACAAAAACGCAGAAAGCACGCGCUGGUAAACAAAAUGUCACAGACAAUGCCGUCGGAAAACUUAAGCAGUCGCGUCCUUAUGGUGCUGGGCAUGCCGCUGAUGGAGAGAAUCCAUGAACUGACUAUACUAUUUGACAGCUGUAAUGGGCGGCAACUACAAACUGUCUAUCCGCACAUAGUUCACUCCAUAUUUGGCAUCAAUGGCAAUCCGAUAGGCUGGGGAUUGAGGACCACGACACAGGAGAACUCACCACAUUACUUCCACAUUCUGCAGCAGUUCUUUGGAGUGCGUGGUCCUUGGAUGCACAUGUGCCACAAGAUAUUGAACGAUGCCACCAAAUUUGAAUUGGAUGUUAACCUAUUGCCGAGGAAAUUCGUCAGCAUGCUACAGGCGGGACAGAAUCCCAUGUUUUAUGCAGAUCUUAUUAACAUUGACACCUUUAGGCAUCAAGUGGUUUCGCUGUCACUAAAUGCCUUUGACUUUUUCAUUUUCCAUUUUGUGUUGUAUGCUUUGAAUCCGCUGCACUCUAUUAAUCCCAUUGCCAUGCAGAUACACAAUGGACGCAUUAAGACUUUCUACCAUGAAUUGGUCGAGGAAUAUUUGAAUAAUUUUCUAACCGCCUAUCCAGAUAACAUCAUAGAGCCAGUCACAUUAUGUGGGCCAGUCAAGACUGUUCAACCUCUGCCGGCUCAGUCAUUGCAGCCUCAGCGUCAGCCACGAUAUCUUAAGAUACCAAGCUCGUACCGAAAUGGUGGAGGCAGUUCCAAUGGAGGAGGAAUUGGUGCUGGAAAUACGUCGCCUCAAUCUAGCAGUGGUGCAACUUCGCGUGCUUAUACCUGGCGCUCCGAGUCCGUGUUGCAUUUCUUUGUGGACAUUUGGUUGCGCUAUGACGUUGAAUCGGAGCAUCAUCUGCCCAGCAGUGACUUCGUGCGUAGCGUGCGAACGCUUUGCAAACAAAUUCAUUUCUUUGCCAAUGCCUCCGCACAUGAUCACACCUCGUUAAACUCACUUCGAAAGGUCUCCCUGGGUAUGGUUAGGUCCAGGAUAUAUGCCUUCCUCUGUGGACUAAUUGAUCGCUGGCCCUUGGAUAGCUCUCUGACAGUGGUCUUGGAGCUCUGGCUGAGUUAUAUACAACCCUGGCGAUAUACUCUGAUGGCAGCUAACAACCAAAUAGGCGGUCGGUCGUAUGAACCACCCAUAACCAAUCUCUUUGAUGGCUUUAUUAUAGAAAAUCUAAUUGUAUAUACACAUAUUUUCAUGCAAUUAUUGCCCCGUUUUGAGCGGCUGGACUAUACAGUUUAUCGUAAUGCCCAGAUGUUACUUCGUCUGGCCAAGACAUUUAACCAGCCAGAGCUCGUGGAGCGUCUUCAGCGUUUCGAGCGUUUGCAUUCGGGCAAUGCUUAUGGCUUUGAUUCACCCCAACGUCAGGUCAACAUAAUGAACAAAUCAAACUCAUUCAAUGCCCAAUGGAACCCGAUGUGCAGUUCAAAUAUACCCAAACUGUUUAGCGAGUCAAUGAAAAUGCAAAUCGAGGCUUUCCUCUUUGUUAUAAGUAUGGCCAGGAAUUCGGUACUAAGUAAUAUUUGCUUGUUGCGCAAGGAGAUUAGCGAACGACAACGAUCCGAAGGUUUUCUUAAGAAUUUUUUGAACAAACUGUUGGGGGAGUCUACGCAAGAUGAGCUAAUGCUGCGUGAACUUAGCCGCAUUCCCGAGAUGUUGCGACAGAGCAUCGAUGCGUUUUGUCGAUCUUUUGGUAUAAAUCCUUCUAAUUUGUCAAUGCAUGAAACAUUGCCAGUGGAGCAGCCUAGAAGUCCACCCCCAUUGGAAUCGCCGAAAAAGUUUAGCUUUUUCGAUAGCAGCGAUUCGUUAGACACCUCCAAAUUAACGCCUCAUCAAAUGUCAUUGAAUGCCUCUAAUUUUGAGCAAGUUGUUGAUCCGGCCCUCUUACCCAUACAAAACAAUGAGCUAAAGCCACUGGUUAGACUGUUGCAUAUGAUAUCGGAAAAAAUGAAUCAGAAGUAUGGAAUUCAAUUUCAAACAUAUUACUUACGAAAUGAUUACUUUGGAAAAUUAACACGUAGACUGCUCUAUGCGCCCAUGACUGAGCAAUGGUUUGAUAAGCAGUGUGGAAAUGUGGAGAUUUGUAAAAAGGAAUUGCCUCCUCGACUUUGUCUGCGACCCUUGGCCUCCAUACAAAUGUUUUUCCUUGUGGGCUUUGCCAUGCUUGUGGGACAAUAUUUCUGUGGCUCAUCGCUGAUCGGAUUCAUUUGCUUGUGCUUGAUUCUUGUAGUUUCCAACUUGUUACUUGCUUUGAUAUCAUAACAUUUUAAGGAAAGAAUCUAUUUUUUAAUAAUUGUGAAAUUUAUAUUGUUUUUUGUAUAAAACUAAAAAAAGAACUACAAAUACGUCUAAGCCAAA